CAGCAACACUUCGCCGUCAGCUCGCGAGGUCGGUCGCGUGCGCCCGAAUCUCGGGAGUCUCGGGGAUCGCGACGACGCGGGGCGAUCAUCCCCCACGGAUGAUGUGUCGUCCCUGAUAUGAACGGAGGGAAAUCGUAUCCCGCGCGCUUCGUCCGCUCGCGCGGACGAAUUCGAUGGAUGUGAGGCAGGCGCGCCUGGCCUGGCGCCGCGCGUGCGUUUCCGCGAAAAAAAGAAUCAGUUUUUUGGAGGGAGAGAGAGAAAGAGAGAGAGAAAAGAAAAGGGAAAACGGGUGCCGCCGAUAGCGCGCGGGAUGAGCAGAAGUGCCAGAAGCGCGAGCCGCGGACCACCGCGAGGAGUCCCCGUUCCCGUUGUUCGGUCGGUGGCGUCGGAGCCGCGAAUCAUGACGCUGACUUUGAAUCAGUCGUGACCGAGUCUCUAUCCCGCCAAAUUUUCUUUAAAUUACAGAAGACCUGCGUUGACCGCUCUUACCUGUUGACAUGGUGAAAAUGGCAUAUCCACCACUCUCCAAGCUCGUGCCCAUAGACACAAUGUCCAAUAUAUACCCGAACAAUACGAUAAAGCCCACUUUAUCCGAAGUGUUGCAAUCAGAUUCGGUGAAACGGCUUUUCAAUCAACCGAAUCUCAUCAUCAAGGCAAUUCCAUUGAAACUGGCCGAGUCCGGCAAUAUGUUUUCGCAUAAAAGGAAUGGCAUGAAUUCAAUAUCAAAUUGUACCAAAUCUGAAAUAUCGAUACUCCCUGUCAGGACAGCGGACGAGGAAAAGGAAGACGCCAAUCUUCUGCCUUCAAAAAUAGAGCACAAAAAGUCGGAAAUUGCUCUGUUACCCAUUGAGAAGAAAUCAUGUGGUCACUAUGAGCCGUGUGAAAAUAUCGUUUGCGACGUGACGUUACAACAGUACGUGGAUAAAGAUGGUGUGUCACCCAUGUUGGCAUUGAGCAUAGAAGAGGAUGAGAUAAACGCGCCGGUUGAAAAACAUUGCGGGAACAAGUAUUGCGAUGCACUAAGCAUCGACCAUAAUCGCUGUCGUCGGGCAUUAAUAGAGUUAUACCGGUGUGACAGGUCGCACGUGUGUGAUAUUUGUGGGGUGACCCUGAAGAAGCGGAUAUCCCGGGUAUACCACAGGAAUUGCACGAGGAAGAAAAAGUACGUUCACAACGACGUGGACAGAUUGCAUUUGCAGAAGGAGCGGAUGCGCAUACGGGAGCUGCAGAUCCUAGAGAUUUCGAGAACCAAGAAGCGCGACUACUCGGAUCCCGACAGCGCGAUGGAGACACUGCGGCGGAACGAGGAGCUGAUAAUCAUUCCGCAGAAAGCGUCUAGUCAACGACCGAUCGUCACCGUGACUUCGGUACCUAGCACUCAACUGACCAGCACUAACGUCAUCAACGUUCAGCAACCCAUCAAAAUCAAUGCGCCGACGACUAACACCACGAGUAUCUUUAAAAGUGUAAUUUCCAGCAACGCGCCGUACUCGGAGAGCAAAGUGAGACUGUUAGGUCAAGUGAGAUAUCCAAGUCUACAACAGAAUUCCCACUUGGGAUCUACCACGGUUCCGAUUUCGAUUCGCGCUCCGACUCCGAUUCAAGCUCAAUCUCCAGUCUUAGCUCCAGCUCCAGUUCCGACUCUAACCCUAGCUCUAACUCCGACUGCGGCAGCAUCAGCUCCGGUUCCAGUUACAACGCCAACUUCGGUUCCAACUCUGACUCUGACUUUAGCUCCAACUUCGGCUGCAGUUCCAGCUCUAGCCCCGAUUUCGGCCCCCAGUGUUGUUACCACGUCUGCAUCUCCGACAGUACCGUCGCACAAACAAUACAUUCGCCUCGCAGUUACGCCUCAGACCACUACUGCUCAGCCUAUAACGAUAAACAACUGGAUUGUAUCGCCGUCGCACAUUUUGACGACCGUGGCAGGUCAGCCUAAAACGUUACUCGCGCCGAUACGUGUGGUACCUAUAACCAACUUGAUAAGUCCACCGUCGUUGUUACAUCGCACGCAGGGUAUCCCUAAGUUCUGCAUCGUAGCGGAAAAUCUGGCUACGCCGAUGACCGUUUCGAGUUCCGUUCAACCUACCGCUGCAACUGUCAAUACUGCCACUACGCAAGUAAACAACACUUCAAAUCUUGCAGAGAACAAUCCAAUACCAAAAGUACGUAAACCAUCGAAAUUGAAUAAAAAGAAGAAGAGCUUCUUUUGCAACUACUGUAAGAAAAGUAUCACUACUGAUUGGUACUUCAAGAUGCACAUCGCGAAGCACAAGGGCGAGAAACUCUUCUUUUGUCAUUUUUGUGACGAAUCCUUUAGCAACAAUUACGACCUGAAAAAACACGUAAUUAAUAAACACAUCGGUCAGAAGGAGCUUGCAUGUGACAAGUGCAAUUAUACUUCCACGUCACUUGCUUCCUACAAAAAUCACAUCCAGACACAUGCGAGAUGUGGUCUCAACAAAGCAGACGUCCAUUCGAAGAGAAAGAGGAAGUUGGAUCUUUUAGAGGAUAAAAUAAGCCGUAAGUUGAAUCACAAUUCGUACAACAGGAAAGUAAAAAUAAAAUGCGAGGAUACAUCCGUUAGUCAGAUUGAACACGUUGAGAAGCAUAGUAAUAAAGAAUUAUCGACGAUUAGCAUAGAUGGCAAUGCGAAGGCAAAAGGAUGUAACUUCGCGUCCGUGAAAAAAAUUGUCGAACCUGAAAAUUUCGAACAAGAAUCUGCUAUUACAUCGAGAUGAAGCGUGCAAUGUAUUUUAAUUUUGCAAUACAAAAAUAUUUUGCCAAAUAUAGUUCGUUAGAAAGUUUAUGUGGAGCACGAGAGUGGAGCAACCGAAGAAUUGUCUCAUUGUCCAAUCAAAAAGCGUUAAAUGUAAAAUGUUAAUAUGUGUCUCGUACAGUGUAUGAGUGAGGCAUACCCGGACAAAAAUAAUUUAAUGUUCUGACGUCGAAAUAACGACUGUGUGCUCUUGAAUUUGUUGUGUAGCCUAAUGAUAUGACGGAGUGUAUGUGAAUCUCGUCGAUGCAAAUGUUUCUUAAUUUACACGGUCACACUUUUAACUACUGUGUAAAUAAAAACCACGAUAAAUCUGCCCAUAUUCUUUUCGCGAACGUAAUAUUUUCAAUUCUAUUUUUAUACGAUAAUUUAGUGUAAUAUUUUAUAUCGUCGAUUACGUUUAUGCUAAUAA